GGCACAGCCAGACGCAUGCGUUCGUUGUGUCCUGUAGUUACAGACUGGCGGUAUUUUUAAGAUGUAAGCAGAAGCAGCCACCGUUGGUGCUUAGUUCGUGUUAGAACUUCCAUUGCGACGAAUCGUUCCGAAUUUGUGGACUCUAGCGGUUUUUAGAUUGAAGUGAAAUGUACAGUUAGAAAGUGAGAAAUGCGGCUGGUAAUCAAAGUAUUGCUGGUGGCAAUUCUGGGCAGUUGUGGCGUGGUGGGAGGGAAGGAUUUUCCGCCAACAUUAGCAGAUUGGAUUGGCCCGGAUAUACUGCUGCUGCGGUUGGAUAAGCUGCUGGAUACUUGCGUUGCUAAUUAUGAGUAUUUAACUACAGAUUUGCUAUUAGGUGUGGCGAUUGCAAAUGGUCAAGUGAAGUCUAUUCUAGCGAAUUCAAAUGUGUUUAAUCGACCGUUCAUCGAAACACUUAAGAGAAAGUGCGAUUUUGUGGAAAGUCGUAUCAACAGUAUUUUCAGUUUUCCGAGUGAAGCUAAUGCUAUUGUUAGCAAAGUACUGAUAAAUUCGGAUUUUUGGCAAACCACCUCUACUGCUCAACAAACUCUGGAACACCGCCCCAGUGCGGAUCAUCUGAAAACGCGCAGACACCGUAACUCCCUGUUGCAUGACUAUCUCCGCACGAUAGACGCCGGAUGGCCAACCGAGCUGCAAUCAGAUCAAUGCUUAUCGGAACUGUUGGUGAAUUAUUCGGAAAAUGAUUUCAACUCGACCUUCGCCCCGAACGGAAGGCAACUGCGCUUGAGCUCGGAAUGCGCUGCGGCAAUGUCGGUGCAGAGUAAAUCCUACGGUUAUCGGUUGACUCAUAAAGUUCUAUUUUAUCUUGUCCAGGAACGGCAACAUUUCUACAAUGUCGAUGAAAGCAUGAUACGUGACGCCAACGACCGGCUCUGUGGCCAAAUCCUACGUGAAGCUCGCCUAAUCGAAGCAGCUAGAUUCCCUGGAGCGCUACGGGAUUUGUUCAUGGAGCAGAUCUUCUUGUGUGCAUUCGCUGGGUACGAGGAGUUUCGGACUCAAAACUGGCUAAAGGAAAUUGUCAACUGGCAAAACCAGGCCGGCUGCUUCAAGAGCUUCGAGGUGGACCUGGGUAUGGGAACGAAUCAACUACAGGCGGAUUGCUCAACCCAUAUGACCGGCGUCGGUGCAGCUGUGCUAGGGCUGUUCGCGAGACUGCAGCUAGUGGAGUGAAGAAAAUGUUUCUAUACCUUUCCUGAACUUUUACUGAUAACGAUUAAUGUAUCUAAAGUAUAAAUUAAACUAACAAUAAAAGAAAUCGGAAUAUA